AUGAAUCAGGUUGAGCCUGGCUCCUGUCGAAACCCGCAUUAUCAUGUAGAGAGGAAAUAAGAGAGUAAGAGAAAAGGAUCUGUUCAUUUGAGGAUGGUGAACUUUGGCUUUCAGCUGUGGCGCUUUUUUCUGCUGUGUCUCACAGGACUCCUGCGCUGCGAUCAGUGCGACGGUCAGCGUGUGGUCCAGAUCCAGGAUGGUCCCCUGUACAGAGUGGAAGGAUUUCCCAUCUCCAUCUUCUGUAGUGUUAGUGGGUUUAAAGGCCCGGAUGAGCAGGACUUCGAAUUUGGUGUCAGAAAAAAAAAACGUGAAUUCAAUAUCAUCAGUACUAAAGAGCCAGACUUUGCCUUUGCGAAGUUCUCCAACAGGGUGAAGCAAAAAGACAUUGAGAUCGAGAGGCUGACGGGGUCUUCAGCUAAACUGAGGAUCAGAAAUGUGGCGAUGAACGAUGCGGGACAAAUCUUCUGUCACACCCCAAGUACAGAUCCCAUACUGCACGGACUAUAUGAAGCAGAAACAACACUUAACGUGAUCCCGGACACGCUGAAGGCUUCAUAUUCUGGUUCUCCCUCUCAGAGUCUAUUUGAGAGUGAUCCUCUUCAGCUUGAGUGCCAGGUCUCCAGCGAGACUUUUCAACACAACCAUCUGUCGGUCACCUGGUACGUCCAUAGUGGAGAAGAUGAGGACCCCCGACCAAUCAUUACUCUGGACAGAGAUCUUACUGUAAAGCCAGGAGGUGGAUUUGAGGAUCGCUACCAUGCAGGUCUGAUCAGCAUGGAUAAAGUGGAGGACACAACAUACAGACUGAAGAUGCCUCAAGUGCAGCAGUCAGACCAGGGGAAGUUCUACUGUUAUGUAGUUCAGUGGAUUCAAGACCCAGACCGAUCCUGGACAGAGAUUGCACACAAAACCUCUACAGCAUGUAAUGUGGAGAUCAAACCAAUCGUGGCCACUGAUGUAGGUUCCUUCAGUGUUUAUAUGAAGGCCUCAAAAGGGCCCCUACAAGAGGGAGAUGCACUAGACAUCCGUUGCAGUGUGAAAGCACAGAAUCUUCCUGGCUAUUUCUAUUCUGUGACGUGGAUGAAGAACGAGAAGAACGUGGCCCAGAUUGGAUCUUCUGGGAUGCUCACCGUAUUUGAUAGCUAUAAAGAAAGGGAGAAUGCAGCAGAGAUGAGAGCAGUGAAAACAAGUUUAACAGAUUACCUGCUGACCAUCCAUUCAGCUCGGACUGAAGAUCAGGGCCAAUACCAGUGUGAAGUAUGGCAGGAAAGCAUGAAUGAAGACGGCACCUUCAAAAGAGUGCAAAAACAACUGUCCAACCCUGAGACUGUGAGCAUCACGACUAAAGAGAGUGAUCUGACAGUGGUCAUGAUGAUGAAGGAUGCAGUGACUGAAGGAGAUGCUCUACAGGUCACCUGCUCUGUGUCGGGGUUCAAAGGUUCUUUAUCAGUAUCAUGGCAGCACAAGAAAGACUCUGUGGACUCCUUCAGUGACGUCACUAGUCUGACCCAUGAGGGAGUGAUGAAAGAUACUGGGACGAGGUACCAGAGUCGCCAUGUUCAAACUCUGCAUUCUCCAGCUGGAAACUUUACCCUGGAGAUUGGUGAAGCUGGAUUAUCUGACAGUGGUGAAUACAGGUGCAUUGUGUCUGAAUGGACCAUACAGAGCAAUGGAGAGAUGAAGAAAACCCACACCCAGUCUCAGCAAAGUAAAGUCACAGUGCGUUCAGUUGAAUCUCUAAUGAAGGUGACCUUGAAAAGUCGCAAAACAACCGUACCUAUAGAUUCUCCAGUUGAAUUACUAUGUAUAGUUGGAGGACCUGAAGUUUCUUUGGCUGUACGCUGGAUGUUUCGAUCUCUCAAUUCAACUGCACAGAGGAAUAUUUUGACAAUACACAACACUGGAGAAAUUACCUGGUUAACAGAUCAGAGAAAUUAUCAGCUGUCAGUUCAAGCACAGCCUUCCAGCACAAUGUUCAUUCUCAUAAUGCCGAGAGCCAGCAAGCAGCAAGAAGGACAGUACCAGUGCCAAGUUGAUGCCUAUCAAAGGGGUAGACAGAAAGCCAUGAAGAACUCCAACCUGCUAGCAGUGACUAUACAAAAACCUGACAGCAAACUGAGACUGUCGACACUCAAGUCUCGCCAGGAAACCACUGCCAACACUGAUGCUAAGAUUGAAUGCUCCAUCCUGAAAAAAACCACAAACACCUCUCGUUUCACAACAACUUGGAUGAUUGGGUCUCAAAUGCUCUUAAAUAUGGACCUAGAUGCUGUUGUCAAGUACGGUCCAGCAGCUGGGGUAGAAAUGGACCAGAGAAUCCGCAUGACAGUAAGACAGAAACACACUUUUCAGCUGACUGUGCAUCAGACCAGAACCUCUGACAGUGGCCAGUACCUCUGUGAGGUGGAAGAGUGGCUUCAGGAUCCUCUUGGUGACUGGUAUUCCCUGAAGAAAUUGUCUGCUUCCACAGAGCUUGUUGUCAAAGAGCAAGAAAGUAAUCUGCAUGUGCAGAAGGAGAACCAAACCCUCAACAUCACCGAUCUUCAGGCUGGGUUCACCACUGAUUGCGUUAUUGCCUCACAGUCCAGUGAUAAAUCUGUCUUUGAGGUAACAUGGUUUAAAGCUGAAGAAGAAGGAACCCAUGUUAUAUUCACUGCCAAGCAAGAUGGUACUUUACGCAGUGCUCUUAAUGAUAAAUCUCUGGUGUUUGGACGACCAGAUGCCACACACUAUAAACUGACUGUGCCACAGAUCGACCCCACUGAUAAGGGAAAAUACUACUGUCAGGUAGAAGAGUGGCUUCACACUGAUAACGCCUGGAAGAAACUGGCUUCAGAUCGCUCUGGAGUGCUCUCUGUCCACGUUCAAGCUGAUUCUGGAAAGCAGAUAAACCCGUUAGUAAUAAUACUGGGAAUCACUAUUCCUCUGAUUUGUUUCCUUGUAUUGAUCAUAAUAUUAUUAUUGAGAAAAGAUCCUAAGAGGAGUUCUGAACAGAAGAAACAGAAGGACACCCUGUGGGCUGAUAAUAACCCACUUUACCCCCUAUAGAGGCUGAAUUCUGCUCCUAAACCCUAAUCACACAGGAUCAGUGUUAUCUGUGGACCUUGUGUGAUUUAGAAACUGAAUCUGAAUUUCUGCAAGGAGCAUUGGCAUUGGAGAAGCAAAGCCUGUGACAUCUGGGUUAUGAUAUCAGGGGUCUCCAUGGUCUGGUUAGAUGGAUAAACAAAGAAAAAUGUAUAUACUGUAUCAUAAACAGCAGAAUUUUCAUUUCCAAAUGCUUCAGUUCCAGCGAAUUGUACAGUUAUAUUAUGAACAGCAAUAUGAGCCUGCUGCUGCAAAACUAUCAAAACACUCCGACACGUAUGUGAAUCCAGAGCACAAUACUCGGGAUGAUGUGUUUUAUGGUCAAAUUUAGCAGAAUUGACUUUAUUUAUUAAUGUUUGAUUAUUGAGGCCUAAUGUUUCAUUUCAGGGGAUUCAGAGAAAAGUGACGUUGCUCAUUGAUGACCCUGGAUGACGAACUGUGUUUCACUGGUGUAUUUUUGGCAGUAGCCCAACUAGCAUUGUUUGGGUCAAAAUUAUUUUUUAUAACAAAUUUGAUUGUCCAUGAAGACAUCUUGUAAAUUUCCUACUGUAAAUAUAUAAAGACUUAUAGGUUUUGUCUUGUUUCUAGCCCAAAUAUCUUUUAGAAAUAUUAAACCAGGAGGCAUUUUCUAGACAAAGGAAAAUAUUGUCUUGUUUUUAGAAAUAUUAAGUAAAAAAUAAGUGUUUUUUCUUAAACCAAACAAAAUAGUGCAGUGAUGUAAACAAAAUAACAUCAUUUUAAAACAAAAGCUAGAUUAUUUAGAUUUGUUUAAAGGAAAAACAGUAUAUUUCUGAAGUCAAGACAAUAUUUACAGUAUUGUUUGUCUAGAAAAUGCUUCUUCA